AUGAGCGCUGAUAAUCUCAAAGCGGGCGACUCGAUUGAUUUCGAGUCAAUGAAAGCCUCGAUCAAUUUUGAUAAUUUCCUAUCGGCCGGUGCCAUCGAUACCAAAGCCCAGGCUCUCCUUCGUCCCAACUCGAAGUUGGAGCACGCGCUCACAAACUCCGCUGCCAAGGGCCUGCCGCCUAUCAGUGUCCUGCCUCUUGCAGGCCAAUAUCUCUCAAUUCUCACAAAGCUCAUUGGCGCAAAGAACGUACUCGAGAUUGGCACUCUGGGCGGCUACUCCUCCAUCCGCUUCGCCGAAGCGGGCGCCAAAGUGACGAGUGUGGAGAUGAACCUGAAGCAUCACGAGGUUGCUGUGGAGAAUGUUCAAGGGCUUGACGUUGACGUGAUUCUGGGUUCUGCCCUUGAAGUUCUCCCGAAACUUGCAGAAGAAGGGAGGAAAUUCGAUUUGGUAUUUAUCGACGCAGAUUGGGAUCACCACUGGGAGUAUUUCGACUGGGCUGUGAAACUUACGCGACCUAAUGGAUGCGUAUAUUUGGAUGACGUUAUACCACCACUCUUCAAAUCAGGCAAAGUGGAGGAUGAAGCAGCAUCAGUUUUCACAAAGAUCGGGCAGGAUGAGCGAGUGGAAGCUACGCUUGUGCCGCUUGUUGCUACUCACCCUCUCGUUCCGACACCUGUCUUCAAUGGUUAUGUUCUAGCCCGUGUGAAGGAGUGA